GAGCAAGGUGUAUGAGAGGCUUUCCUCAGCAGCUCAAAGUUCUCACAGAGAACUGCUUGUCCUAUUUUUGAAGUAAAUUAUUUAGCCUUGAAUAAAAACGUAUACAAAGGGUUUUUUAAUCGAUGACGGACACGUUUUUAAAAUGGAAAGCCACCACGGGAAUUUUGAGAAGCGUCUCUGUCGUGCUGCGGUUUUGGGCAGGCCAGUGCGCACUGAGUGGAGCAUGAGCAUCUGAUCUCUGCAGCCGGAGUCCUUUUCUUGUUUUUCUAAUAGAGAACUAACAUUACCUCUUUUAAUAUUCUGACCCAAUAACAAACAUAAGGCUCUUUACAUUUCAGAUUAAUAUUUACUAAUUGUCUUUGAGGCAAAGUGUUAAUUAAAGCUACUUCUAUCCAAGCCAAAUGGAAGAGUCAGGCUCAGCCUCUCACUACUCUUCCCCAGCUCCAUCUUACACCUUUUCAUUUCUCUCUAACCUGUCCACCCCUUCCUCUUCUCCCUCAGUUUAUCCAUCCCCAAGUGUAGCAUCUACAGCUCUUUUUUGUUUCUUUCUAUCACUCCUUUCCCUUCUGGGUAUUCUGGGAAACCUCUACACUCUGGGGCUUCUCAUUCAGCGCCGUAGGGGCCCCAGAAGGAGACACAGCAUGGCACCAACCUGCUGUUUGACUCCCGCUUGCCUUAGAACCUUUUCCCCAUCUCACUCUCCUACUUCCUCCCCCACCUCGUCCUCCUUGUCUUCUUCUUCACUUCAUUUGCAGGUACUGAGUCUGGCUUUGGCAGAUCUGCUUUACCUCUCCACAGCGCCUUUUAUCGUCUAUGACAGCCUGGCAUCUGACUGGGCCUUUGGUGAACUCGGCUGCCGCCUCCUGCUCAGCCUGGACCUGCUCACCAUGCACGCCAGCAUCUUCACACUGACUGCAAUGAGUCUGGACCGAUAUCGUGCUGUGGCAGACCCACUUGCAGCCUCUUCAGCUCCUACCUCUGGCCUGCGACGUGUGGUUCUGGCAUGGGGCCUUGCUGUGGCACUCAGCCUCCCCAUGAUGAUCACUCUGCACCUGGAGGAUGGAGAAAAUCAGGAGGGCAAACUCUGUGUUCCAGCAUGGGAUGAGCAAAGCUCCAAAGCUUACCUCAGUGUACUAUUCUGCACCAGUAUCCUAGGGCCAGGCCUGGCCAUUGGGGGUCUAUAUGCAGCAUUGGGGCGUCACUACUGGGUUUCACAGACACAGUUGGCCUGGGCUGGUGGAUGUAGUGCCAAUCCACCCCGUGCUCCUAGACCCAAAGUCCUGCUUCUCAUUCUGGGAAUUGUGCUUACAUUCUGGGCCUGUUUCCUGCCAUUCUGGAUCUGGCAGUUGCUACCACUCUAUCGACCUGACGUUCUACGUGUGGUACCAGUAGGCACACAGGUCACUGUUAACCGAAUCCUAACAGGACUAACUUAUGGGAACUCAUGUGUAAAUCCAUUUUUUUACACAUUACUGACAGGAAAGCGACAACGCACCAGCAGGCAGGCAACAAGCACAGCUGCUCCAUUCUGCCAAAAGGGAAGCUCUGUUCACCAGUGAAAGUAAUUUUUACCUGCCCAUAAAUAAGUGCACUUUUCACAAUCCAUACAUUACUCAUUCAUUCAUUCAUUCAUUCAUUCAUUCAUUCAUUCAUUCAGUAACCAUGACCAAUUUAUUCUGGUCAGGAUUGUGGUGGAGCUGGGGCCUAUCCCAGGAUCACUAGGCUCAAGACAGGAAUAUACCCUGGAUAGAUGCCAGUCCUAUGCAGGGCUUAUUUAAAAUUAAUAAGAUUUAUAAUUAUAAUUAUUCUGGUACUCAAGAAUUUCAGCUGCACCAUUAUUGCUGAAAUCAAAUAUAAACUAUUAAUUAAACUAUUCACUUUGUUUGGUCAUUGGAAUUUAGGAGGUUUAGUAGAAUUGAUUAGAAUGUAUGAUGAAUAUUUUCUCUACUAAAAACUGAGUGUAGUAAUCUGCUCAUAGGGGGCUCUCGUGCUUUUUAAAAGCAAAGCUUAUAAUGAAAGCCCUUUGAAUAGCUGACAGCUAAUUAUCACACACUGGUGGACAAAAGUGUGCAAAACAUCUGUCUGAGGAAACACCAAAGGCACAACAUUAAAGAGACAACACAAGUUUUGACAUGAUGUAUAACUUGCCCAAUGGGAGUUUUCACUACAGGUGUGAAGCAUUUUUAAAACCAAAUUGGUUUAUUAGCCCUAAUGAAGGGAGAGGCCAUAUAAGUAAAUUAGGCUCAAAGCUAAAGAACAAUUCCCAUUGGAAUUUGCUCUUUGAAGAGGAUAAAUAUUAGUCUUGUCCAUUCUUUUGGGAUUUGUACAUGUGUAUCAGCUCACAUGAAUCUGUUUAAUUUUCUUACUACAUUGUUUUACAUUGUACAUUAACGUGUCAAUUCACAUUAAUUCUGUUUGUCUGUAAGUGGAAAAUCCAUAAAGUUUCUAAGCUUUUAUUUUACUGGCUUAGUCACAUUUCUUAUUUACAUCAUUAAAUCAGCAAUAAUACAGAUUUGGCAAACACUGAUACUGCUUCUCUGCAAAAAUCUUGUUCUACUGAUGAUGCUUUACUGAAUGUUUGGCUCUAACUUAAAUAUUUGAAAAAGUACAGCCUACUGCAUUCUGUAAUGGAAGAUGUUUCCCUAGAAGGUAUUAGAUGGUAUUCUUUUGCAUUCAGACUCUUGAUCACCUCAGACUUUGUUUGCCUUUUAAAGCAAACUGCAUUGAUUUUUUUUUUUGCAUUUGAAUUUUCCCUGCAUUGCUUUGCACAUCCAUAAACAUGCAUUUGUGGCAAUAAUAUAUAUUGAUGAAUAAAAACAAA